AUGCCCGCGCACAAGGCCGGUCUUCUUUUUGUGAACAAGACGGCCUCGUCAAAGUCCCUUUCCAACAGCAAGGGUGACGUCGAGGAUUCGCGCCAGAUCCACAAGCAUGUUCAGAAAUCUCGCGACUAUGAAAAGGAAAAAGAAACCAGGAGGAAGUUGAAGAGAGCCAGGCUCUUCUCUUUGGGAUGGGCUCCUGUUUCUGUCGCUCCCAGGCAAACGCUCGACUCGGCCCCUCUCCCGGUACUUUCAGACGCAUCUCCCAGCAAGGGUACCCGUUCUGUUGCCCUUCGACCCCACGUUAAUCAGCGCCGCGAAGCAGACUCGGAAUGCUGCGCUACUCCAGAAGGACCCAAGCACGAUGUUCAAAAGCUCUCGCUUGUCAUGCCCACAGGGGGCUCAUUGGAUCCGUUUGGCCAGUUCCGAAUCCCCAUGAACCUCGAGAAGCAUCGCAUACUCGAGUACUUCGUCUCGAAGUUCUUCCCUGCAGUGACUCGAAGCGAUAUAGUCGCAUUCAUGGGCCAUCCUCUGGCAUCCACAUCAAGUCCUGCUGUGCAAGUUGUCCGCCGAGCGUCCAGCGACGAAUUGCAUGUCCUUGCCCUACUCGCUGCCGCUAGUGCUCGCAUGAAGUUCGUUGACCGGUAUCAUUUCUCCCGAGCGGAUCUACCGGAGCGACUCGCAGAUGCAACUCUUCGACUCCUGAGGAACUAUCUGGGGCAAGCACGACCAAUCACCCAUGAGUUGGUGCAAAGCAUCCUGUAUUUGUGGGCUGUCGAGAGCUACCGAAGAAAUUGGGAGGCGGUGUGGACGCAUGGGAAGAUGAUAAUGUAUCUCUGCAACCAUCAUCUCGGCGGCUUUCAAAACCUGGAUCCUUACAUGCGCCGCAUGCUCUGGAUUGCUGAUCGUUUCCAGGCUGCUGCCACACAGAGUCCGCCGUUGAUCAAAGAGAGGUGGGGGACCGAAGAGCUUACACCACAGCAGUAUACCUGUGCCGUAGCUGCCUUGCGCGAACAUGGCAAGCAGCCAAUGGGCCAUGGUUUUACGGAGACCAAUGGCGUUUUCAGCGAGCAUUUCCAAAAUCUUCUAGACGCCGUUCUGGAGCUUUGUUGCGUCAUUCAUUGCCAUUGGGUUGGCCUCACGGAACAAGCACUCAUCCCCAAACUAGAAUGGGCUGUGGCUCGAAGCUAUUUCAUUGCAGAUGAAUUGAUCAAUUUCAAGGAAGACAUUGCUGGGGAAAGCGUCGAAAGCCCUGUCUCUGGGGAGCCGAAUUUCCAGGACUGCGUUCGACUGGCUUUGAUCGUUUGGAUGGCCUUCGUCCCAUCAUGUGUUCCGUAUGCUGCUAGUGCAGGACCCGUCACCCUGCGCGCGGCCGUCGAUGCAAAACCCUUGCGGAUUCGACUGGGGAGGAUCGUUUCGAAUCUACACGAACACCCGGCAAGUCUGCAAGAACAAAUGAUGCUGUUGUGGGUUGCUGGCUUGGGCGCUGUCGCAAGCGAGUUGGUACACAAUCAAGAAUGGUUUGCGGUGCAUUUUCAGAGACUUGCAAAGAAGCUCGGGAUCUUCUCUUGGGAAGACUUCAUGCCGAUACAGGAGAGGUUUCUGCUCCUGGAUCAUCUGAAAGCGGGCAGUCUGACAAAAUUGACGUGGCUCUUACAGCGAGCCGUGCACGCUGAUCUUGGAGACUGA